CCUCCUACAGCUAGCCCUUUGAAUGAAGAGCUCAGCAUAAUCUAUAAAGCGCUCGUUCUGUUCUGGUCAGGGUUAAGAGUUACGCUCUGUAGUUUUAGAUGCUAUUUUUUGUUCGCCUGCGUUGAAGCUUCUGAUUUUGAACGUUAAGGAAAACACCUACAUACGCCAAACGGGAUUGAUUUGAACAAAAGGGGACUAUAUUUUUUCUUCCUGAGGCUGUAAUCAGCCUGGCGGAAGGAUUCAGCUAAGUUUCGUAAACAUCGUGAAAGGCAACAUUGUAGUUCCGCAUUUUAUUUGUCUUCACAUUAUUUCAUUUUUUCCUCCUCUUGCUUGACGUGUUUCCGAGGUCUGUGUCCGUAUUUAGAUGGCCAGCUUCCCAGACUCUGUCAACGAAAAUGAUAUAGGUAAGGCUAAGUUCAUUGGUGAACUCCUGGUCCCCGUUGCUCCGUUUGACCAGAAGUCUGGGCGUGAGGCUUGGACAGUAGCCUUUGCUCCCAAUGGUUCCUACUUUGCUUGGUCUCAGGGGCAUCGCAUCGUCAAGCUCAUCCCAUGGACUAAAUGCCUGAAAAGUUUUUCAGUUGGCACAGAUGGAGAGGGCACCAAUCUGUCGAGCCCUCGGCACCUGUCUCGUCAAAACAGUGAUGGCAGCGUAGGAAGCCCGGUGGCCGGUGAGCCCCGCGAGCACACAAUAGACUGCGGGGACAUUGUGUGGGGCUUAGCCUUCGGUUCGUCUGUGCCAGAAAAACAGAGCCGCUGUGUCAACAUUGAAUGGCACCGCUUCACGUUUGGCCAGGACCAGCUCCUGCUGGCAACAGGCCUCAACAAUGGUCGCAUCAAGAUCUGGGACGUUUACACUGGAAAGUUGUUGCUGAAUCUGAUGGACCACACGGAUGUUGUUCGAGAUCUGACCUUUGCUCCUGAUGGCAGUCUCAUGCUGGUGUCUGCAUCAAGGGACAAGACCCUUCGAGUCUGGGACCUCAAAGAUGAUGGUAACAUGGUGAAGGUUUUGCGCGGACACCAGAACUGGGUGCACUGCAGCGCUUUCUCCCCCGACUCCUCCAUCCUGUGCUCCGUGGGCUCAGGCAAAGCAGUGUUCCUAUGGAACAUGGAUAAGUACAUGUUAAUCCGGAAGCUGGAGGGGCACCACAAUGAUGUGGUGUCUUGUGAAUUUUCACCAGAUGGGGCGCUGUUGGCCACAGCCUCCUACGACACCAGGGUCAUUGUGUGGGACCAUCACAAGUCCACCAUCCUUCUGGAGCUGGGCCACCUCUUUCCUCCCCCGUCACCCAUAUUUGCUGGAGGGGCGAACGACCGCUGGGUCCGCAGUGUGAGCUUCUGCCCGGAUGGCCGCCACAUCGCUAGUAUUACUGAUGACAGGCUCGUUCGUUUCUGGAGUAUCGAGGAAAGGGCUCCUCAGGCCAUCGCCCCUCUAUCUAACGGUCUCUGCUGUGCCUUUUCUGCUGAAGGAAGUGUCCUUGCUGCUGGAACUCGUGAUGGUAGCGUGCACUUCUGGCAGUGCCCUCGGAGCAUCUCCAGUCUGCAGCACAUGUGCAGGAUGGCCCUCCGCCGGGUGUUGACCACCCAGCAGGUGGAGGGCUUAGGCAUUCCUACACCACUCCAGGACUUUCUGGCGUAUCGAGUUAUCUGAAUCAGCAGCAGCUGACAAACCAAUGAUUCUUUUUAUUUUCAUAAAGAUAAGGAAAGAACGAACGCUUUUCUAGUAAGAUUCAUUUCUGGUGAUGAACGAACGAGUGAUCUGGGUAUAAAGAGAAGAGUUCAGAUGUACUGAAAACUCUGAGCCAUGUCCUCUGGCUAAUUCUGCAUCACCUUAUUUUGUAUGUAUUUAUUUUUCUAAGUGCUUUUGUAAAUGCUCCCAGUGAUGCCCUCCUUCCAUCCUCUGACUUUCCAUGACUGUUGCACUUAUUGAGGUGGUGCGUGCGUUUAUUAGUAUUUUUUUUCUUUUUACCUUCGGGCACCCGCUUCGUUGUGACCAAGGUUGUUUGAGGUCAGGUGUAAGAGCUACUGAUGUUGGGCACGCCGGGAUUUUGGAAGGAAAAACGUAUUCCAGCUUUUUUUCAGCUGUUGACUUUUUCUCAGACAGUAUUUACCCAAAACAUUUUUUAUGGAUCAGCAGUUUUCUAUAGAGUACUAAGGACGUGUGUGCUGUAGUAUUACGGAUUCAUGGAGUUACUCUGCUGGUCCAUAUUUUUGUAUUUUCCGUUAUCCAAUGGAAAAGAACCACUGAGCAGAGUGGAAACCAGCUCCAUUACACAAACCAGCGACUAGUGUACGCUGCUCAUUAAUGCAUAGUGGUAAAGGUGCUACUGGCUGGUGGUAAACUAUCAAAAGGUGGCCUAGUUCUGGCUUCUAGACCUGGCUUUGCUGUUUGGUUCUCUUAACGGCAGAUGGGCUGAUUUUGGGCGACUGUUGCAGAUGCGUCCCACCCACCUAAACCUGGUAUUCUAAACACCAUGGUACGUUUCUAUAAAGUUAUAUCAUGUGAAGAAACAUAUCACAGUUGUAUUUCCUUCUACCUUUCAGUGCAAUCCACCCUGCGUUAGAGUUGUACGUUAGUGUUUGCCACCUUUAAAUGUGAAUUAUGUCUUACUGCUCAAUCUCGUUCAUUUGUACAUAUGUUCAAACGCAGUACCACUCUGACGUAGAAGGCCCUCGUUUAAAAUUUCAUCCAAUCAUCUGGACUCUUGAGUUCGUGAUGGAAGCACACACACGAACUAGUAGUGGAGUAGUUGUGAGGUUUUAAGGACGUGGGUGCUCAGUCAGAAGUCGGGUAUUCUAGGCAAUAAACUCUGGCGCUGCUGAUGCAACGUUUGUUUUUGUUUAAUCCACGUGGGUUAUAAAUGCGAUUGGGUGUUUUUGUUUAUGGAGGGAGUGGCAUGAAUGAGCCUCGCAGCAGCCAUGUUUUUAUAUCUGUUACCAUUGAAACUCAAUUCUGCUUCAGAAGCUGUAAACUUAUGAAUGUAGGAAGUUCCUGGAACGUCCUGGUAAUGCAUUUUGAUGCUUCUAGUUUCAAUAAAGACUUUUGCCAAUA